GGGAUCGUGUCGGGGGAUUUCAGUUUGAUGCUCGGUGUUCUUGAAAAGUAACAAGCUCAGGACACUCUUUUGUCCUACAUAUGGCCUCAGUAGGCAUGGCGCCUACUUCUGUUUUGAGAGAUCCCAGUGGCCAUGCUGCUGGUGUUGAUAGGCUACCCGAGGAGAUGAAUGACAUGAAAAUUAGAGAUGAUAAAGAAAUGGAAGCAACUAUAGUUGACGGUAAUGGGACAGAGACGGGUCAUAUAAUAGUGACCACUAUCGGUGGUAGAAAUGGCCAACCAAAGCAGACAAUAAGCUACAUGGCUGAACGUGUUGUUGGACAUGGAUCAUUUGGUGUUGUCUUCCAAGCAAAGUGCCUGGAGACAGGUGAAACUGUUGCUAUAAAGAAAGUUCUUCAAGAUAAGAGGUACAAGAACCGUGAAUUACAAACCAUGCGCCUCCUUGACCAUCCAAAUGUUGUCUCUUUGAAGCAUUGCUUCUUUUCAACAACUGAAAAGGAUGAACUUUAUCUCAACCUCGUACUCGAGUAUGUCCCUGAAACUGUGCACCGUGUGAUCAAACACUACAAUAAAUUGAAUCAGAGGAUGCCCCUUAUAUAUGUUAAACUUUACACAUACCAGAUUUUUAGAGCCUUGUCUUAUAUCCAUCGUAGUAUUGGAGUGUGUCAUCGGGACAUCAAACCUCAAAACCUUCUGGUAAAUCCACAUACUCACCAGGUUAAAUUGUGUGAUUUUGGAAGCGCAAAAGUCUUGGUAAAAGGGGAACCAAAUAUAUCCUAUAUUUGCUCCAGGUAUUAUAGAGCACCUGAACUUAUAUUUGGAGCAACCGAGUAUACGACAGCUAUUGACAUCUGGUCUGCUGGCUGUGUUCUUGCUGAAUUGCUGCUUGGUCAGCCUCUGUUCCCGGGUGAGAGUGGAGUGGAUCAGCUUGUUGAGAUUAUCAAGGUUUUGGGGACUCCAACAAGGGAGGAAAUUAAAUGCAUGAACCCUCACUAUACAGAAUUUAAAUUUCCUCAAAUCAAGGCUCACCCAUGGCACAAGAUAUUUCACAAGCGCAUGCCUCCUGAAGCUGUUGAUUUGGUCUCGAGGUUAUUGCAAUACUCUCCAAACCUACGAUGUACUGCUCUAGAUGCCUUGAUCCACCCAUUUUUUGAUGAGCUACGUGACCCAAACACUCGUUUGCCAAAUGGGCGUUUCAUUCCACCACUGUUCAACUUUAAAUCUCAUGAACUGAAGGGUGUGCCUGUGGAGAUUUUGGUGAAAUUGAUACCAGAGCAUGCAAGAAAGCAAUGUCCCUUUCUUGGAUUGUGAUGUGAUGGGACGAAAAAUGUAACAAAGCAGCAAACUGUAUUCUUCCCCAUGUGAAAGCUCUUUAUCUGUGAUAUUUGAUUUUCAUCCCUGCUAUCUUGUAGUAGUAUCACCUGUGUUGUUAUGUAAAAUUCAGAGUAGGGACAUGCCAUUUUAAUCUUUGUCCAGGCCGCAACCAUUAUUCUGAUUACCCUGUUACUAGUUUGUCACAGCAGCUUGUAACAUCCAUAGCAGACGGACAAGACUUCAUCUUUAAUGUUGUAUCUGUACUGGUGCUCCCCCAGGAUAGACAGAAUUAGUGUUUAUUUAAAUGUUUGUGCCUGGAGUUGGCUGUGUGUACUAUAGAGGAUUUGAAUGGCAGCAUUGUAACCUUUCAAGUUGUUGCAUUUUUCUUUUUUUUUUUUGUCUAAAAAAGCUUGGUGCCUGGAUGUCCAGAGUGCAUGUACUGAUCAACUUUGCUUGGUGUGAAAGUGAAGUGAAUUGGAGCUGGGGGAAGAAAGUAGUAAUGUUUGAGUUGGGCUAAUAUGAUAUAAAUGUUGAACAAUAGAACC